CAAGAAAACAUCGUCAAUAUAUUGUCAGCAGUCAGUGUGUCGUGAACAGUCGUACGACGUUGAUGUUUUUAAGAUGGAACGUUGGAUUGGAAAAAUAGCUAUUGUAACUGGUGCUAGUUCUGGUAUUGGUGAAGCAAUAUCAAAGGCUUUUGCAUCUGCUGGUUGUCAUGUUAUUGGUUUAGCAAGACGUGAUGAUAGAUUGUCUAAAUUAACAAAUGAAUUAUCAAGUGUUAAAGGGUCAUUUGAUGGCGUUAAAUGUGAUAUACGUAAUGAACAAGAUAUUAUAAAUGCAUUUAAAUUUGCUGAGAAUAAAUAUGGAUGUGUUGAUGUGCUCAUUAAUAAUUCUGGAAUUUGUGAAAAUAAAUUUUUAUCUGACAGCACAACGGAAGACAUUCGUUCAGUUGUUGAUGUAAAUUUGAUUGGAGCUGCUUUGUGUACACGUGAAGCGGUAAAAGUCAUGAGAAAAUAUGGGAGCGAAGGUCACAUUAUCAACAUAAACAGUGUGUUGGGUUUGAAUGCAAACUUGGCUAAUGCUCCAACUGGAAUGUAUGCUGCAAGUAAAUUUGGUCUUCGUGCAAUGUCACAAAAUUGGCGUAAAGAAUUUACCCAAAAAAAAGAUAAAAUAAGAAUAACAGAAAUUUAUCCAGGUCUUGUAAAGACAGAAAUUGUUAAUUCAUAUGAUCCAACUGGAAAAAUGUAUGACGUUCUUCCUCAUUUAAAAGCAAAAGAUAUUUCAGAUUGUGUUAUUUUUGCUCUUUCAGCACCUUCUCAUGUCCAGGUUGAGGAAAUUACUGUUGCACCACUUCAUGCAAGCUUACAAAAAUAAAUAAAAUUCAAAGUUUAAUAAUUACAAGUAAAUUUUAUAAUUUUUGUUUAUUGUUUAAUAUUUUUUCAAAUAUAAUUAUAGAAAUUUAAUGGUUUAUUUCGGAAAAUAAGUGUUACAAAGUUACUUGAAUAAAUUCAACGAGAAAAUUUAUAUAAUAUGCUCAAAAAAUUAAAAGAUUUUUUU